AUGGCGACUAACGAUGUUUCUAUGUUUGUCACGUCAGAGCAGACGUCCUCUGAAAGAAGAAUCUCUCCUGGCUGGACUGUAGCUCAACUUAAAGGCAAACUCGAGCAUAUCACGGGUAUUCCACCUGCCUCACAAAAGAUUCAUAUUCACGGUCCUAGCACCAAAACCACUGGUCUAUCAGUAGAAUUAUCCGACCAAGAUGAAAACAAAAUACUCAGCUCAUACAAUUUGGCGGAAUAUGGAAGAAUUCAUGUGGAAGAUACACGUCCUAUUGGCAGCCAAUUGAAUUUCAAUGACACCUCAGCUGUCGAGAAGUAUGUCAUGCCCGAAGACGAGUAUUCCACCCGGGAAGAUUCUGUUUUGAACUGGAAGAAAAAGAACCAGCUUGGGAGAUUUGAUCCCAACGCCAAGACUGUAAUUGAAGAGCAGGAGCGACAGUCAGAGAAAUUGAUCCAAGAAAAGGGAAUCGCUGUUGGUUUAAGAUGUCAAGUAUCUAGUGAGGGAGCACAUCGCAGGGGUCAAGUGAAGUUUGUAGGCGAAGUCCCAGAAAUUGCCAAUAAAACGACCAAAGUCUGGAUUGGUGUCGAGUUUGACGAGCCCUUGGGCAAAAACGAUGGCUCUAUUGCUGGUGUAAGAUACUUUGAAGCAAAGCCUUUGCAUGGCUCGUUCAUCAAGCCAGAACUGGUCGAAGUAGGCGACUUCCCAGAAGAAUCUUUGUUUGAUGAUGAUGAAUUGUGA